AUGGCAAGCGCUCAUGCUUACAGCAUCCGCGUGACCUUGCUGAAAAUCCGAGACUCCGAUCCCAAAAUAGAGAAUUCUGAAGUAAACGCCAACGCAUACACAAAGUUUAGGAUAAUGGCGACUCAUAAAUUUACUAUCAAAGUCCCAGCUACCAGUGCAAAUAUAGGCCCUGGAUUCGAUGUUGUCGGCCUCUCACUCUCACUAUACCUCACUCUCACGGUCUCUCAUGAGUCAUAUCCGGCAGUCUCGCCCGCAUCACCACCAAGCGCACCAAAUAUUACAUACUCCGGAGAAGGUGCUGAUCAAGUACCGUUAGAUGCAUACAAAAACUUGACUACCCGAGUCGCACUCUAUGUUCUUCGUUGCAACGGACAUUCUUACUUCCCACCUUCCCUGACUAUUCACGCGCACAACGAAAUUCCAUUUGGACGAGGCCUUGGGUCUAGCGGGGCCGCGGUUAUUGCGGGAGUGCUACUAGGGAACGCCCUGGGGUCUCUAAACCUUCCCAAUGAAAGGCUUCUCGAUUUCGCUCUUAUGGUUGAACGCCAUCCUGAUAAUGUAGCUGCUGCACUCUUUGGUGGUUUUAUAGGGACGUACCUACUAGAACUAGAUGAAGCUGCGAACGAAGCCGCCUCCGUACCUCUGGCUGAAGUUCUCCCAGAAUAUCCUCCCGAAUCUGGGCCGGAAUGGGGCAAGAACCCUCCCAGUCCACCACUAGGAAUUGGGAGCUUUGUUCGUUUUAACUGGGCACCAGAAAUAAAGGCACUAGCAAUCAUACCUCAGUUCGAAGUUAGUACGGCAAAGGCUCGGAAUGUACUUCCAACGGAGUAUUCAAGAAAAGAUCUUGUUUUUAACCUACAGAGGCUGGCCGUUCUAACAACUGCACUCGGCCAAUCACCACCCAGUCCUGAAUUGAUAUAUGAAGCAAUGAAAGAUCGUGUACACCAACCAUAUCGAAAGGAGCUGAUUCCUGGGCUUCCACGCAUCCUUUCGUCCGUUACACCUUCAAGCCACCCAGGGUUGCUCGGAAUAUGCCUUUCUGGGGCGGGGCCAACAAUCCUUGCGUUGGCCACGGGGGGUUAUACGGCUAUCGCCGAUGAAGCAGCAAGACUUUUCAAGGAAGAGGGUAUUGAGGUCAUAUACAAAGUCCUAGAUAUCGCAGGAGGAAGUACUGUGGAAUAA